AUGAUUCCUGGUAGCAGAAAGAGCCUUCUAUCUUGGCUGGCCCUAUGUGUGCCUUUUGUCUCUUCAAUUGGUGAAGAGUAUGAGUUAGCGAUGUAUAACGAUGGCGAGGAGGGGUACUUGUACAACCUCGGAAGCAAUGCAUAUCUUGAUCUUCACGCAACAAACACUGAUAAACCCAUUGUCUUUACACGCAAUCGCUCAGCAGCCUCGCCUAUCAGUAUGCGCAUGAUGAAAGACCCUGGUCUGAGUUAUGCAUUGCUUAUUUCUGUCGAUCCACGCGACAUCAAACAGUGCAAAAACGGGUACACUCCCACCACUUUUGGCAUUUCCGAAGACGUGAAAGGCUGUCCUGUCUUGCAAAAGGCCGGCGCUAAUGGAGAAAUUACCCUUACUUCAUACAACAACGAACAUAAUGCCUGGUUCUUCUUUUCCCCCGUGGUUUAUAAUUCCAAACACGCUUUCCGUAUUUAUAGCCAGCGCAGCUGUCUAACCGUUGCAGAGGACAAUGUGCCUUUUCUCAGCACCUGUGCCUACGACAUCCCCGCCCAACGAGACGCACAGUUGUUUAUUUGGGUUAAAAAGGCCGAUUUCAUUGCUAACAUUCACGCGCCUUUUGUUUUGAACCAGGCUCAGAAUCCGGCCAUGCCAGCCUACGACAUUCAAGAAACACCCGAAACAAGCGGGCCUUUCUACCGGAAUUAA